UCUUACAUCACUGCGACCACAGCCGGUGUGUGCAGAGGUGUCACAUCCUGUUAGGGGAGAAUUCACAUGCAGCGAAUGGUCACUUAUUGUGAACGGCUUAAAAAAUGGUCCAUGUGUUUGUUUUGUUCUAUUUGUGCUGGUUGUGUCUUGUUGGCGUGUUUGGUGCGGAGACAGAGUCAGUGUCAGUGAUGGAGGGAGAUUCUGUCACUCUACACACUGACACGGAAAUACAAAAAGACGAUCUGAUACUAUGGAGAUUUGGAACUGAAGACUCUCCUAUGGCUGAAGUCAAUAGUUCAGCCCAGAUCAUCUCUAUAUCUGGAAGUACUGAAGGAUUCAAAGACCGAUUGCAUUUGGACCCCCAGACUGGAUCUCUCACUGUCAGGAACAUCAGAACCAACCACUCUGGAAUUUAUAAAGCACAGAUCAUUGGACAUAAGGUGUCAACGAAAAUGUUCAAUGUCACUGUUUAUGCUCAUCUUCCUGUUCCUGUCAUCACCAGAGACUGUUCAUCAUCAUCAUCAUCAUGUUCAUUGGUGUGUUCAGCUGUGAAUGUGAGUCAUGUGACUCUCUCCUGGUACAAAGGAAACAAUUUAUUGUCCAGCAUCAGUGUGUCUGAUCUCAGCAGCACCGUCUCUUUACAUCUGGAGGUGGAAUAUCAGGAUAAAAACACCUACAGCUGUGUGCUGAACAAUCUCAUCAGCAACCAGACUCAACAUCUGGACAUCAGUGAACUCUGUCAGAUACGUUCAGACUCAGACUCUGACUGUAUCUGCUGUUGUGAUUCUACUAAAGCUGUGAUCCAAUUGGUCCUCUCUGCUCUGGUGGGCGUGGCUACUGUUGUUGUUUUGGGUUUUGACAUCACAUCCAGAAGAGCUGAACAGAAAAGAAGAACUCAGAAUUCAACAUCAGUCCUACUCUGAUUCUCUAUUAAAACAACAAUAAUCUAUUUUUUAUCAUUCUGAUUUUGCUCCUCUUCCUCUCUUUCUGAGCAUUUUGGAUUUUUUUUUUUUUCUUUUACAAAGGAAUAAAAUGUAUUUUUAUAUGCACUGUUUAUAACUUAAGUAUAGACAGUGUGUUUAUAGCUUUUUCUAGGAAACUGGUAUAACUGAAGUCUGUAUACUGAAGCCGUUCAUCUCAUGUGAGUGUCAUAUUAAACAUACUGGUCAACAGUGUUCUUUACCUCAGGUAAAAGACCUUUUAAAUGCAAAAUAAAUUGUGCACUUCAAAGAAUAUUAAACGUAAAAUACAAAAUAUCUGCAUUUUAUUAUGUCAUGUGUCAUUAAUUCUCCAGUAGACUAUUCAACAGUUAAAGGCUUGCAAAAUAUUGGGCAGUGCCUGUUCAUUAAAUAUGAUUAAUAUUGCUGUUGGUAUAUGAGCAAGGUGAUAAGUGUUUCAUUUUUUUGUUUGCCUAAGCAGUUUUACAAUGGCAUGCUGAUUUUAAGUACCUUCUAUAGAUG